AAGGAGAUCAAGGGGCGAUAGAGUCAGGGUAGAGGAGGCUGAAGAGGCUGUGGCGCGGGCCCUGAAGCUUCAGCCACAUGGCAUCAUGUACAUCGGCCCUUCUCCCCAUGACCGCCGCCGAAAGUGAUGCCGGGAGUUGACGAUUUCUUUUUACCACCACAUCCUCCCCGUGUCAUGAGCAGACCGUAAAUGUCUUCCAACCACACCGACGCCAAACCGCCGCGAGAACCGAAAUUCCCCACGCACAACGCGCCGCGCGUCUGGUUCAUCACCUGCGCCAACAGCCCCAUUGGCAUCAGCCUGUGCCGACACCUGCUCGCCCAUGGCGACUGCGUGACGGCCGGGGUGCAGCCGGUGGAGUUUGAGAAGGAGGAAGCGCGGAGUGCGGAUUUCAAGGACUUUUUGAAAGAGGUGGGCACGCAGCAAGACAAGGGAGCAUGGCGCGCACGGCUGCGGGUCGUUGCGCUCGACCCGAAGAUUAUCGGGCAGUGUCAGAGUGCGGUCGCCGAGGCGGUGCUGAGUUUUGGCCGCAUUGAUAUCCUCUUCUGCUGCCAUUCGGAGGUGGUGGUGGGCACGGUGGAGGAGUGUAGCCAGAGCCCGCGGGCGCUGUCGCUGGUGACGGAUCAGUUUGAGACAAACUUCUUCGGGCCUGUCAAUGCGAUCAAGGCUACACUUCCCGUCUUUCGGCAAAAAAAGAAUGGACACAUUGUGCUGCUGACGGCAAUUACGGCGCAUCUCGGCACACCCGGGCUGAGCUUGUAUUGUGCGUCGCAAUGGGCUAUCGAGGGCUACUGCGACAGUCUGGCAUACGAGAUUGCCCCCUUCAACAUCAAGAUGACGAUUGUGCAGCCGAAUCUGGAGGUGAACGUGCUCACGCACAAGAUCACGUCGGUGCCACCCAUUGCAGCGUAUGCGGAGGAGACGAACCCCGCGCCGCUGUCGCGCAACAUUCUUUCGGGCAUCCUGGACCGACUGGAAGGGACUGAUGAGCCUACAUAUGGAGAUCAAUUGCACAGCGAGGAGAUUACGAGUCUCUACGCUCCGCUGAGCUCGGGCAUGAAAGAAAGCCUGGUGGCGGAGACGGUGCAUGCGGUUGCUGCCAUUGGCGGCCACGACAACCCUCCCGCGCGACAUAUUGUGGGCGUUGAGGGCGUUGCAUCGGUGAAGGAGAAGCUCAAAACCAUGAGUGAAGAGCUGGAGGAUUUUGUCGAGUGCAGCAGUGCAGCAGAUUUCGACCGGACUGACUGAAGGGCGGGAACCACGAAUGUUGGCAUUGACUGACUCGUCGCAUUUUUCAUGCACCAGCCAGGGCAUUGACUGGAGUACCCUGCAUGCAUGAAGGAUAUCGGAGGAGGGAUCUGCCAGCAGUGGCGUGGAACGUGGCUGACUCCGUCGAACUCUGCUUAUCCUU